GCCAGUUCCAGAAGUGUGGAGGAGCCAUGGCUGCCGCGAACCCGUGGGACCCGGCGUCCGCGCCGAGUGCGGCUGGGCUACUGCUGAACCACUGGGUGGCUUCGGGGAUGGUCACUGAGGAGAUGUUAGGUACAUCUAAGAAAAUGGCUCCUUGCUUUGAGAACUUCUCCAGAUCACAGCAGAUCUCAGACAUGAAAGCUAAAAUCUACCAGAACAACCUGGAGAUUGAACUUCUGAAAUUAGAAAGAGAUACAGCAGAUCUCAUUCAUCCUUCCUAUUUGGUUAAGAAGUGUGAUAUCCUGCAAAGCAUGAAUAGUCAUCUGGAAGCCGUGCUAAAAGAGAAGCGGGCCAUCAGGCAAAGACUUCUGAGACCCAUCUGCCAGGAGAACUUGCCAAUGGAAGCUGUUUAUCACAGACAUAUGGUACAUUUGUUGGAAUUGGCUGUGACUUUCGUUGAGAAAUUAGAAGCCCAUCUUGAAACAGUUAGAAAUACCCCUCAUUUAAAUGCAAACCUAGCGGAAAUGAGAAAGGCUUUAUCCAAGAUGGACAAUUUGGUGAACGAGACAGAAGAACUGACAGAGAAUAUACUCAGGUGGCGAGAACAACAGAAGGAAAUUUCUUUGUGUGUUCCCAAAAUCCUUGCUGAGGAAAAUUAUUAUCUUCACAAACUUGAUAGAGUACCUCCUUUACCUUUUGUUUCUAAAGUGCAUGCCCAAACUGUUAAUGCCAAGUGAUUGCCAUAUUUACUUUUGCUUAAUUACGUGAAAUCAAAGAAGUCCGUUUCCAGGUGAUCUAUGACAGGGAGAUUUGGUAGAUUUUGUUGUUAGCAACUCUGAAAAAGCCCUCUUCUAUUGGAGUGCCGGGGCCAGGGAGAUGUCAGCAGGAAAAGCUCUUGCUUCAAUCCCUGGGAUUCACAUACCACUUUUUCAUAUGUUCCUCUCUUUGAUAAAGCUACAAAAGAUUAAAUAUAUGUGUGUUAACCUACUAUCAGUGAAUUAGACACUCAUCAGACAGAAUCUGUAUUAUGAUUCUGUGUCGUGUCUUUUAAAAACAUUUCUGAAUUGGAAUAUCCCGCGUCUGAAGGUUUUUGUGGUGACUAUCCCUGUUGAGAUUGCGGAAUGGUCACACAGCGGGCCUGUUGCCCCUGAAGUCCUAAUGAAGUGGUAGUUCCAUGGCUGGCACACCAAGGAGACGGGCUGUGUGACCAGGCUGUGCAGGGAGGCUUCUGUGGGACACCUGCUUUCCUUCUGAGAGUCUAGGAUGCUGGUAUAUACCAAGCAGAAAGAACCUUUGCUCCUGGUCCCUGAAAAACUCCUGGAGCACCACAUCCAUAACAAUUUUGGUGGUAGACAGCAUUUCACAGUGUCACAGUUCAAUUGCUCUACUAGUUCACGGCUGGAGUGUGGUGACACCAGGUCUCUUAUAUCCCCUUAGCAGAUCACUGGACCUGCUUGUCUUCUCAGGGGUGCCUGGGAGACAAAUGCUGAGGAUGAAGAACGAUGAGAGGGGGAAGAAAAGGCAUAAUGCAAUCAAAUUUAGAAAUUUUUGUUUCUAUACUUCUUAUAUAUGCCAAGGUAGAACUUGAACUUACUAUGUAGCCCAGGCCUCCCGAGUGCAGGAAUCACAGACAUGUGCCAUCACAUCCGGCUGAAGUUUAGAGGUUUGUAAUGGAAUAUAUGAUAUAUUUAACCUACCUAGGGCUAGUCAUAAAAUUAGAGACUAGUUUACUUAAAGUAGAAUAGUAACAACUACCUCAAGCUGUUCUUGCUUACUUUGUUACUGUAAGUACUCUGGCUUAUGUUUAAAUCCUUUGAAACGUGUGCACCAGUGUGUCCAUUCUGUUGCAUUCUGUGUCAUGGAGUUCAGUGAACCUUCUGUUCAUCACAUGUUCAAUAUAAGGCUUCACCUGUUAGAUAGUAAAAUAGAUGUCCAUAAAAAACAGAAUCCUUAACCCUACACCCAGAAAAAAAAAAAAAACUAUUAAAAACAGCAGAUCAUUAUUUUGAGAAAGUCUACAGCUUUUACAAAUGUACCGUGCAAAAGUGGUGUUGAGAUUUUGACCAUCACCCAGAUAACUGAUCAAAAUCCUUAUUUGUAUUUUAUCUCAAGUCUCUUUUAACAUCUAUUCAUUUUCCUUGUAUAUUAUGUGUAGAUAUAUUCAUUAUCAUGUUACCACUAUUGUUACCCUGUUGGUUUUGUAUUUAUAUUUCCUAUUAAUGCCUCAGGAUGUAAAAAUAAACUUAAUUUCA